CUUUCACAGCCUGUACCUAUACGGGGGCGCCUCAGACUCCCGGUAUGUGAGGGGUCUACAGCAUGGCCUUAUUUAGAUGAAUGGGAUCACUGCAACUCCCUGUGUGGGGGAAAAGUGUAAAGAAGACAGUGCUGGAGCCCCUUUAUUCUCCUGCUUGGGACUGAAGUGUCGCCAUCAUGGCUGAAGCCCACCAGGCUGUGGCGUUCCAGUUUACAGUUACUCCAGAAGGAAUUGACCUACGUCUGAGCCAUGAGGCACUGAAACAGGUCUACCUCUCAGGUCUGCGCUCAUGGAAAAAGAAAGUCGCUCGACUCAGGAAUAGCUUCAUCACUGGAGUUUAUCCUGCCAGCCCCUCCAGCUGGCUCUUUGUGGUCAUUGCAAUAAUGGGGACCAUGUACGCUCGUGUGGACCCCUCCAUGGGCAUGAUUGGCAAAAUCAAAGAGCAUCUGCCUGUAAGUGGCUACCUAUCCCACCAGGGACAGAGUAUUAUCAGCGCCUUGCUCUUCUCUACAGCCCUGUGGUUUGCGCUCAUCAUGACUAUGCGUUAUAUCCUCAAACAACUCCUUUCGUAUCAUGGCUGGAUGUACGAGCAACAUGGCAAGAUGUCUGCCACCACCAAGUUAUGGCUGACUUUAGUAAAGAUUUUCUCUGGCCGCGUGCCCAUGCUGUACAGUUACCAGGCGUCACUGCCGCGCCUUCCCGUUCCAAAAAUUCACGACACAAUGCAAAAGUAUCUGGAAUCUGUGCGACCUCUAAUGAACGAUGAGGAGUUCAAACGCAUGACAGGACUCGCCAAAGAUUUUGAAGUAAAGCUGGCACCCAAGCUGCAGUGGUACCUGAAGCUGAAGUCCUGGUGGGCAUCUAACUAUGUGAGCGAUUGGUGGGAGGAAUACAUCUACCUGCGCGGAAGGAGUCCCAUUAUGGUAAACAGCAACUAUUAUGCAAUGGACUUUCUGUAUGUUACACCAACACCAAUUCAGGCAGCACGUGCAGGUAACACAGUCCACGCAUUGCUUUUGUAUCGACGCAAGCUCAGUCGCGAGGAACUGAAACCGAGCAGGGUCCCAGGAUCCAUUAUCCCACUGUGCUCAUCCCAGUGGGAACGCACCUUUAACACCACCCGCAUCCCCGGAGAGGAGACAGAUACCAUCCAACACUUCUCGGACAGUAAACACAUUGUGGUGUACCACAAAGGGCGCUUCUUCAAGGUCUGGGUUUACCAUAGCGGUCGGCUGCUGAACCCCAAGGAACUAGAGAUCCAGUUCCAGCAUAUUCUGGAGGACACAAGCCCCCCGCAACCAGGAGAAGAGAAACUGGCGGCACUGACUGCUGGAGAGAGGACUACGUGGUCCAGAGCUCGCCGGUCCUACUUCCGCAGUGGGAAGAACUUGCAGUCUCUGGAUCUUGUGGAGAAGGCGGCUUUCUUUGUCACCUUAGAUGACAGUGAGCAGGGACUACGCACGGACGACCCAGUAAACUCUUUGGAUGCCUACGCCAAAUCUUUACUACAUGGGAAAUGCUAUGACAGAUGGUUCGAUAAGUCUUUUUCAUUUGUGAUAUUCCAAAAUGGAAAAGUGGGCCUGAACGCUGAGCAUUCGUGGGCAGAUGCACCUAUCAUCGGACAUAUGUGGGAGUCAACGUUGGCCACAGAUUGCUUUAAGCUUGGGUACAACGAUGAGGGUCACUGCAAGGGGCAAGCAGAUGCCACAUUGCCAUUACCACAGAGAUUACAAUGGGAAAUCUCCAAUGAGUGCCAAGAAGUCAUUCACAGUUCACUAAAAGUAGCUCAAGCUUUAGCGGACGAUGUCGAUUUCCACGCUUUCCCCUUCAAAGACUUUGGGAAAGGGUUAAUAAAGAAGUGCAAGACCAGCCCUGACGCUUUCAUCCAGAUUGCGUUGCAGUUGGCACACUACAGGGAUAAAGGGAAAUUCUGUCUAACAUAUGAAGCUUCCAUGACAAGACUUUUCCGAGAAGGAAGAACAGAAACUGUGCGCUCAUGUACUGAAGAGUCCUCACAAUUUGUCAAGGCCAUGAUGGAUCCUUCUAAAACAAAUGAAGAGAGACUGAAACUGUUCAGAUCAGCUGCAGAAAAGCACCAGUUACUCUACAGAAAUGCAAUGACCGGGGCUGGGAUCGAUCGCCAUCUCUUCUGUCUCUAUGUCGUCUCUAAAUAUCUUGCCGUGGACUCCCCUUUCUUGAAAGAGGUUCUCUCUGAGCCUUGGCGCCUCUCCACCAGCCAGACUCCUAUUCAGCAAGUGGAGCUAUUCGACUUAGUCAACCAUCCAGAAUACGUCUCAUGUGGCGGUGGCUUUGGACCUGUGGCUGAUGAUGGAUACGGGGUCUCCUACAUUAUUGUUGGUGAAAAUGUUAUCAACUUCCAUGUGUCCAGCAAAUUCUCCAGCCACGAGACAGAUUCCCACCGUUUUGGCAGACACAUUCGACAAGCUCUCCUCGAUAUUCUAAGCCUGUUCAAGCUGGAUAAGAUCUAGAAUGUUUCCUCUCAUGCCAGUCUUUUAAAACAUCCUUCAAGUUAUCCUCAAGGAGCAAGAAAAAAAAAAAAUGCAACAAUAAAUUGCUGCCAAAUACAGGGACCAUUGCAUUAUUAUACAGCCACAGACUGUACGGACUGCCUUACACGCAGUACAAUCAUGGCGGCCAGCGGCCUGUCCGGUGCAGCGAUCUCUGGGGGCAGCUUUCCUGUGUACAAGGAACUCAUUCCUGAUGCAGUCCUAUGGCUGACGGCUUAUUGUAUGAAGUGCAAUGUGACCAAGCGUCUGGUAUGGGGCGCUAGAGACUGGACAAGUCCCAUGUGUGAGCUGGUGCCUUAUAUGUUCUAAGUUCUUAUUGCUUAUAGCAGUGUUUCCCAACCAGGGUGCCUCCAGCUGUUGCAAAACUACA